CGAGAGGUCCGCUGUAUAAUUUGGAUAUUAGAGAUUAUCCUCAUUGGUAACUUUUCUUUUCUUUUUCUUUCUUUUUUUCAACUUCCCGGUUGUUCUUACAUCUAAAUGGAGCUGAAACGCGAUGUCUUUGUCUCGUCUCUCGUUUAAUCGGGUGCUUUUGCAACAAAUAAGUUUAUUUAUGUAUUUAUUUAUUGCAUCGAGUCCUGAAGAAUGCCUCGGAGUCACUGACCGCCGCUGAAGCGCACUAUGAUCUCACGAUACAAACCGAGUCCCGGCUCCACCAUGUCCUUGGCGUUCUGUGGGAACGAGAAUAACUCAUCGGCAUACAACGUAGAUGGAGGGGUGCUGAACAACGGCUGCUUUUUGGACGCGCUCAACGUGGUGCCGCAUGUGUUCCUCCUUUUCAUCACCUUCCCCAUCCUUUUCAUUGGCUGGGGCAGCCAGAGUUCCAAGGUCCACAUCCAUCACAGCACUUGGCUUCACUUUCCUGGCCACAACCUGCGCUGGCUCCUCACCUUUGUCCUCCUCUUCGUCCUUGUCUGUGAGAUCGCAGAGGGCAUCGUCUCUGAUGGGUUCAGCCAGUCCCUCCACCUGCACCUGUACAUGCCUGCAGGCCUGGCCUUCAUGGCUGCUAUCACUUCAAUUGUCUACUAUCAUAACAUCGAGACCUCCAACUUUCCCAAACUACUAUUAGCUUUACUCAUCUACUGGGUGCUGGCCUUCAUAGUGAAGACCAUCAAGUUUGCUAAGUACACAGAACAUGGCAUUGGUCCCGGGCAGCUACGCUACUGCAUCACCGGACUACUGGUGCUGCUAUAUGGAUUACUACUGGCUGUGGAGAUCAAAGUCAUCCUGGGCAGGCGCUAUAUGUGUUUUGCCAACCCCAUGGAAGUGAAGCCCCCAGAGGACCUGCAGGACCUGGGUGUUCGAUUCCUUCAGCCUUUUGUCAACCUGCUAUCCAAGGCCACCUACUGGUGGAUGAACACCUUCAUUACUUCUGCUCACAGACGACCCAUCGACCUCAAGGUCAUCGGCAAGCUGCCCAUUGCCAUGAGAGCCCUCACCAACUACCUGAAGCUGCGCAAAGCCUUUGAAGAUCAGAAGAGACCACAGGGCAUAGCACCCCAGGGACCCAAGUGGAUCUGGCAGGCCUUGCGGAGGGCAUUUGGUCGGCCCCUGAUCCUCAGCAUCACCUUUCGUUUUCUGGCUGACUUGCUAGGCUUUGCUGGCCCUCUCUGCAUCUCUGGGGUCGUCCAUCACAUCAGCAAGGAUAACCGCACCAGCCAGCCACCGAUGAGUUUGCUGGGGAUUUAUUUCAUUUCCUCCAAGGAGUUCCUGGAGAAUGCUUAUGUGCUGGCAGUACUGCUGUUCUUUGCCCUUCUCCUGCAGAGAACCUUCCUUCAGGCCUCCUACUACGUGGCCAUUGAAACAGGCAUCAACUUGCGCGGAGCCAUCCAGACUAAGAUCUACAACAAGAUCAUGCGUUUGUGUACGUCCAACAUGUCCAUGGGCGAGCUCACUGUUGCUCAGAUCUGCAAUCUGGUUGCCAUAGAUACCAAUCAGCUCAUGUGGUUCUUCUUCCUCUGUCCUAACCUGUGGGCCAUGCCAGUGCAGAUCAUUGCAGGAGUGAUCUUGCUGUACUACCUUUUGGGGAUCAGUGCCUUGAUCGGGGCUACUGUCAUUGCUGUAUUGGCUCCUGUGCAGUACUUUGUGGCCACUAAGCUGUCUCAAGCACAGAAGAGCACUCUUGAAUACUCCAGUGAGCGUCUAAAGAAGACAAAUGAGUUAUUACGGGGCAUCAAGUUGUUGAAGCUCUAUGCCUGGGAAAAUAUCUUCUGCAACAGCGUAGAGGAGACCAGGGGCAAGGAGCUCACCAGCCUGCAAGCCUUUGCCCUCUACACUUCAAUAUCCAUUUUCAUGAAUGCAGCCAUUCCUAUUGCAGCUGUGUUGACGACAUUUGUGGUUCAUGUCCACAUAUCUGAGGAUGCUGACCUGUCCCCUGCAGUGGCCUUUGCCUCCCUGUCCCUCUUUCACAUUCUCGUUACCCCCCUCUUCCUGCUUUCCAGUGUUGUACGCUCCACCGUAAAGGCCCUGGUCAGUGUUCAAAAGCUUAGCGAGUUCUUCUCCAGUGAUGAAAUUGGAGAUGAACAGGAGUUUAACACCACCGUACCACCCUCCAGCAAUCAUAACCAAAAUAAGUACCAGGCAGUACCCUUGAAGGUGGUGAACAGGAAGCGUCCCCCCAGGGACGACUGGAAUAACUACAGCUCCCGGAUGAACUCCCCAGGGGACGGGCAGUCUCAGGAUGUGGAUCAGGACAUCUGUAUCAAGAUAACCAGUGGGUAUUUCACCUGGACCGACGGACCGCCGACACUGUCUAAUGUGGACAUAAAGAUCCCAUUUGGUCAGCUGACCAUGAUCGUAGGCCAGGUGGGGUGUGGGAAGUCGUCUCUGUUGCUGGCUGCUCUGGGAGAGAUGCAGAGAGUAUCGGGGAUGGUUACUUGGAACAGCCUCCCAAAUCUGGAUUUGGAGGGAGAUGAAAGUCCCACAGACAAGGAUGCAGCUGGUGAUGGUGAUAUCAGAAAGAGAGGCUCGGUGGCCUACGCUUCCCAGAAGCCCUGGCUGUUGAAUGCCACCUUGGUGGAGAACAUCACCUUUGAAAUGCCCAUGAUCAAACCUAGGUACAAAGCUGUCAUCGAAGCCUGCUCCCUUCAGCCUGAUAUUGACAUCCUUCCUCAAGGGGACCAGACGGAGAUCGGGGAGAGGGGUAUUAUCUUGUCAGGGGGGCAGAAACAGCGCAUCAGUGUAGCCAGAGCCUUGUACCAGCAGACCAACGUGGUAUUUCUGGAUGACCCAUUCUCCGCUUUGGACAUUCACCUGAGUGACCAUCUGAUGCAGGACGGUAUCCUCAAACUGUUGAGAGAGGAGAAGAGGACAGUUGUGUUGGUCACACACAAGCUACAGUACCUGCCCCAUGCAGACUGGAUCAUUGCAAUGAGGGAUGGCACCAUUCAGACUGAAGGGACAUUGAAGGACAUCCAGAACUCAGAACCUGAACUCUUCGAGCAAUGGAAGACCCUGAUGCACAGAGAGGACAAAGAGUUUGAGAAGGAGACGGUGGCAGAGAGCAUGACAGACCUGGAGAGGAAAAACUUACGGAGGGCCAUGUAUUCCAGAGAGGCAGUCCGGACCGAGGAGGAUGAGGAAGAGGAGUCUGUGGAGAGUGAUGAUGAUGACAGCAUGUCCCUGGCGAUGCGACAGCGUGCCACCAUUCCGUGGCGCUCUUGUGGCACUUACCUGUCCUCCGCCGGGCUCCUGCUCCUCUCCUUGCUCCUCCUGUCGCAGCUCUUCAAACACUCCCUCAUGCUUGCCAUUGACUACUGGCUGGCCCACUGGACCUCCAAUGUCAUCAUGGCCAAGGCUGACGCCACAGUGAGGAACUGUACUAUGGAUUGCGGGUUCAGUCAUUCGUGGUACCUGUCAGUGUUCAGCGUGCUGUGCUGCCUGGGAAUCAUUCUGUGUUUGGCCACGUCUGUGGCUGUGGAGUGGACCGGCUUGAGAGUGGCCAAGGAGCUCCACCAAAGUCUACUCAACAAGAUCAUAUUGGCCCCCAUGAGGCUGUUUGAAACUACUCCCCUUGGCAGCAUCCUCAAUAGAUUCUCUACGGACACCAACACCAUUGACCAGCACAUCCCCACCACGCUAGAGUGUCUGAGCCGCUCCACCCUGCUGUGUGUGUCAGCCCUGGGGGUCAUCUGCUACGUGACCCCUGUCUUUCUUGUUGCUCUCCUGCCCCUGGCCGUUGCGUGCUACUUCAUCCAAAAAUAUUUCCGGGUGGCCUCCAGGGACCUGCAGCAGCUGGAGGACAGCACCCAGCUUCCUUUACUUUCCCACUUCUCCGAGACAGUGGAAGGUCUCACUACCAUCCGGGCCUUCAGGUAUGAGCCCAGGUUCAGACAGAGGUUGUUGGAGUUCACUGACGCCAACAACAUUGCCUCUCUGUUCCUCACAGCAGCCAAUCGCUGGCUCGAGGUCCGCAUGGAGUACAUAGGAGCCUGUGUGGUGCUGGUAGCAGCUGUGGCCUCCAUCACCAACUCCCUCUACGACCAGCUUUCUGCUGGCCUUGUAGGGCUGGGCUUGACUUACGCGCUCAUGGUUUCCAACUACAUGAACUGGAUGGUGCGUAACCUGGCAGACAUGGAGGUGCAGCUUGGCUCGGUCAAGAGGAUUAACGGCCUUCUCAAAACUGAACCAGAGAACUACGAGGGACUGCUCUCUGCGUCUCAGGUCCCUGACGGCUGGCCCCAUCAGGGAGAGAUUCAGAUCCAGAACUUGAGUGUCCGUUAUGACACCACGCUGAAGCCCGUCCUCAAAAAUGUCAACGCGCACAUCAGCCCAGGACAGAAGGUGCUGGAAGUGGGGAUCUGUGGCAGGACAGGCAGUGGCAAAUCAUCCUUUUCCUUGGCUUUCUUUCGCAUGGUGGAUAUGUUUGAAGGAAGGAUCAUGAUAGAUGACAUAGACAUUGCCAAGCUGCCUCUGCAGACCCUCAGGUCUCGCUUCUCCAUCAUCCUCCAAGACCCCUUCCUGUUCAGUGGAACCAUCCGUUUUAACCUGGACCCAGAGAUGAAGGCCACAGAUGAGAUGCUGUGGGAAGCUCUGGAGAUUGCUCAGCUGAAGCCCGUAGUUAAAUCCCUGCCAGGAGGCUUGGAUGCCAUGGUGACAGAGGGAGGAGAAAACUUCAGCCAGGGUCAGAGGCAACUCUUCUGUCUGGCCAGAGCCUUCGUCAGGAAGAGCAGCAUCCUCAUCAUGGAUGAAGCCACCGCAUCCAUUGACAUGGCCACGGAGAGCAUCCUUCAAAGAGUGGUGAUGACAGCUUUUGCUGACCGCACAGUGGUUACUAUAGCACAUCGUGUUCACACCAUCCUGAAUGCUGACCUAGUGAUUGUGAUGAAGCGGGGGAUCAUCCUGGAGUACGACAGGCCCCAGGCCCUGCUGGAGAAGGAGGACAGCAUCUUCGCCUCCUUCGUGAAAGCGGACAAGUAGCCGCUGACUAUUGGGAGCGAGGGAGGAGGAACGCAAGGACGAGUGAAGAUAUUCAAGUGCAAUUGUUCCAUGGAUUCUAUUUUUAUUUCAUUUUUUAAGCCAUGUAUAAUAUUUGUAAAUAUCCAAAUGUCGAUUCUUUGUUAAUAAAAAUAAAA